AGGUUAUCUGAUCAUCUAGCACUGCAGGAGCAAUCCACUAGUUUCUUGUGAAUCACUUUACUGCUAGGCAAGAUCUACUGCACUCUCCCACAGAGGCUGAGACCAGGCAAAAUUCUGCAAGGAGAUGAAUGAGAAUCAUGCUGCCUGAGUAAAGUUGUGGCUUCCUAGUCUGAGACGAUGGUUUUAUCUGUGCCAGUGAUUGCUCUGGGAGCUACCUUGGGGACUGCUACUAGCAUCCUUGUCUUAUGCGGUCUCACCUGCUUAUGCAAAUGUAAGCGACCUGGAAAAGGAUCCUCAGACAAGGAACAAGAUCUGGAUCCAGAGAAUGCCAAACCCAGUGUGCUUCAGACCGUGCAGGAGUUCAAUGUUGAGAAGACGGCAGAAGCUAUACAGCCCAGGGCAAUCCUAAAGUUUCCCCAUAUCUAUGGCCCAAAGCCAGUAGUGACUACCUCGGAAAUUGUUAACUUUCCAGAUUAUACCCUAAAGACAAUGGAAGAACCAAGCAAGGUGAAACCUACAGUUCUGGAUGAAAAAAGGAUAAACAUACAAGUCAAUGAAGAGCUAUUCAUUCUUCCUCAAAAUGGUGGGGUGAAAGAUGUAUGCGUCACUGAGCGUCUGAGCCCUGAAAAAGCUGGUGGCUGCAACCAGGUCCCAGAACUUCGCUAUUCUCUUGGCUACAACCAACAGAAAGAUGCAUUGUGUGUCACUUUUCUUGAAGGUAGGGUGCCUGUAUCUUUGCAUGUUACCAGAGACCAGAACAAUGGCUGUGAUUGCUACAUCCUUGGCACUUUGGUGAGCAAGUCUGGCACUACAGAAGCUCAAACUGUGUUGAAGAAGCAGCAGCCCCAUAUUGUCUGGGAGGAAGCUCUACUGUUUUCAGUAAAGGAGGAGGAGCUACCUGAGGGGAUGCUGACACUCACCUUGAGAAACUGUGACAAGUUCUCUAGGCACAGCAUUAUUGGGGAAAUUAAACUGAGUCUGGCUAAUGUGAGCGAUCUGUAUGGAACAGUGCACUGUGAGAAGAUGAAAACAUUUGACAAGGAUCCAGAUGCAGGCUAUGGAGAAGUUCUCCUUUCCAUCAGCUAUCUCCCUGCAGCAAACCGGCUACUUGUGGUGCUCAUAAAGGCCAAGAAUCUCCAUUCCAAACAGCUGAAAGAGCUCCUUGGGAAGGAUAUAUCUGUCAAAGUGACACUGAAGCACCAGUCCCUGAAACUGAAAAAGAAGCAGACAAAGCGUGCCAAACACAAGAUCAACCCGGUCUGGAAUGAAAUGAUUAUGUUUGAGGUGCCCCAUGAUUUGCUCUGUGCCUCCAGCGUGGAGCUGGAGAUGCUAAGCCAGGAUGGUGAUGGGCAGAACCACUUACUGGGGAAGUGCAGCAUUGGCCUGCAUGCUACUGGCACUGAGAGGAACCACUGGGAGGAGAUGCUGAGGAACCCCAGGAGGCAGAUUGCUAUGUGGCACCAGCUACACAUGUAG